AUGUCGUGGUACCCACCACCGGGACCUAAUCAAGACCCUUACCACAAUGGAGCAUACGGUGGUUAUCCGCCCUCCGCCUCGACCGCCGGUGUAGGACCUCCUGGUCCGGGUCAACAUCGGUUCGAUUACGGACCUCAAGCUGCAGCCGCUGCUGCGGCAGCUAUGGCCGCUACUUUGGGAGGUGGAGGAGCACACCCACUGUCUUCGAACCCAUACGCUCAUCAAGCACCGAUGGGGUAUCCACCCAACUCGUACCCACCUCCGCCCAUGCACUACGGAGCCCCCGCGCCGGUGCCACCGCAUCACCACCCUGCCCCAUCCUCCAGUACUUCCCAAGGCGUUCUCCCCACCCCACCCCACGACGUCUCGACCGACCCCAAUGCGUUCCGACGUUAUUUCAAGUCCCAGCUCGCCGCGUUGAGCUUCAACUCGAAACCGUUGAUUACGAAUCUGACGCUGUUCGCGCAUGAGCAUCUCGUGAGGAUGGCACCCGUCGUGGCCUCCUGUUUGGAGGAUCAUCUCAAAGUGGUGAGUACAUGCAUUCGACCUCUCUGAAGAAGGCUGUCUACGCGAUGCGAUGGAAUACCAAAAUCAUGCCCCCCCCCCAAGGACGCGUCAAGAAGAGGGAGAGCACAGCACCGCCGUGCCGAGAGCUUUGUACCACACGCAUGAUGUGAACAACAUACUGACCACCAUCUCGCACCCCAUGCUUCAUCCGAUAUCUCAAAAUAUGUCGCGCAUACCCGCCGGUCAACUCCUCCGUCCCCCACCAGUCCCCACCCUCCUUCAAGCUCCCAGCUCUCUAUCUCCUCGACUCGAUCUCGAAGAACAUCGGACCCCCUUACCUGGCCCUCUUCGCGCGUUUCAUCAAACGAGGUUUCGUCGACGCAUACCACGUAUCGGACCCAGCCACGCGCGUCAAGAUGGAAGAACUGCUAGGUACCUGGAGAACGGGAGGCGCCGAUGGCGGCGAGUUGUUUCGCGGUCAUGACCAGGGCGAACAUGAUAGUGUGCAGAGGGUGAUUGAGGCUGCUUUGUUUGGUACGUUCGGGAGAGGGGGUGGUAUGGGAGCGAAUGGGAGAUCGGUGCAGGAGAGUGAAUCGUUUCAAUCCGGGGUGAGUCGCAUUUCUCUUGCGGGGGCAGGAAAGGACCAAAAAUUUGUGAUCUGAACGGGAAAAAAGUCUUUUGCGCGUAAUUAGAUGCAGCAAAUCACACCGACGGCUUCGAACGGCGAACGUUCGGGCAUCUUGUUUGAUUUGAGAAGGUUGUUGCAACUUCGAUUGGACCAAGCGGCGCAAAAGCCUUCGGACGAGGUCAAUCAGAGUCAGAUUGAAGCGUUGAGAAAGGUGCGCACCACCGUCCGUUAUUGAGAUUGUCGGAGAGAGACUAACACUUUUUCUUCUCGGCAAUCAAAGUUGGAGUACCUCGUCCUCAACACCCAAUUAACAACAGACCAAGUCGAUCGAAUCCGCGGCCAACUCGCCGCGUUAGCACCCAAAGAAACCUCCGUCGAACCUCGCCCCCACAAACGUGGCACCUCUUCCCAGCCGCCACAGUCUCUCCUCGCUCCUUCUUCCCUGGCCCAACUGACACAAUUGGCAAGAAGUCUUUCCCCUCCUGUUUUGGGAACUCCUCCACCGCCUUCUGCUCAUCAAUCCAUGGUGAUCCCAACGGGUACUCAAAGUCGGGAUCCAACACCUUCCACUCUGGGUGUACCACCUGGUUUAUCAGCCCCUUCGAUGGGAAGUUCAUCAUCAACGACUUCGAUAGGAGGGAUUGAUUUCUCUCUACUCAAUUCGCUGCAAGCGAACGGAUCGCUCAAUUCGCUUCUCGCCUCCGUACGAGCGACCCCCCCACCCCCCCACCACCUCCAAGCUCAACCGAGACCAAAGUCCACCUCGAUACGCAACCCCACCUUCUGACCGUCGACCCCUUGGCGGAAGAAUAUCAUCAUUCACUCCUCUCCCUCUCUUUACCCCUCACGACCUCUUCCUUACUCAAAAGUUCGCCUUCCCGAACCCCUUUCGAAUUCAUCUACGAUCGGUUCCGACUCCAAUGUCAACAAUGCGGUUUGAGGUUCUUCGAUUCGGUUCAAGGGAAGAACGAAUUGGACGCACAUCUGGAUUGGCAUUUCGUGAAGAAGAGGAGGAUCAGGGAAGGGGUUGCGAGAACGCAGGGUAGGAGUUGGUUGAGUUUGGAAGAGGAUUGGUUCGUUGCUUCGUUGGAUGAUGACGAACUAAAUUCGACGACGGAAUUUAAGAAAGGAGGAGGAGGAGGAGGAACUGAACAAAGUCGAAAAGAAUUCAAAGCCUCUCAAGAUGCCAAGUUGGAUUUACAGAUGUUGAGGAAGAGUAAGGUCGUCGCUCCUAGUGGAGGGGAUGAGAGGAGGUGUGGGAUUUGUAGGGAAAAGUUCAAGAGCGAGUGGAGUGAGGAGGAGGAGGAAUGGGUUUAUUGGAAUGCGGUCAGAGUUGAGGGGACGGUGAGUUUUUUCUUUUAUUUUUGUUGGAGAGAAGGUUUCGAUUUGGGUGUGGGGUUGAGAAAGGGGGUGCUGAUUGUGUGCGGAUUGGUUCGUGGUAGAUUUACCAUGCGACAUGUUACGCCGAAGCGAAAGCUGCGACGAACGCGGCGAGGUUACGAGCUGAAGAAGCGCACCAAACUUCAAGUCGGGAAGCGACACCUUCGGACCCGGCAAUUGCGGCUAAGAAGAGAAAGAUACAGGAGGAGGGGGAAGGGGUCAAGGCUGAGGAGGAGUCGAUCAAGGCAGAGCCAGGUGCGGAUAAUCGGUUGGACGAAGGGGAAAGCCCGAUGAAGAAGGUCAAAAGUGAGGAAUGA